CCAUUAGUCUAUUUCCCUGACCUGAGUCUGUCGCAACCGAUAAUUCGAUAGUUUUGGUGAUUUUUAUUCAGACAUGCUGACGAAAACUUCCAGGCCAUACAUAAGAUUGUAUUUUUAAUUUUUUUCCAUCUGCAAAACAGAACUUCAUGCUGUAAUGCAAUUGUGAAGUUAAACUACCGAAAUAACAAUAAAUACAAAUCUUGACAGUUUUCCAACGUGUUGUUGGCAGGGAUGACCAUUAUCAAAAGACAUAAGCAGUGGACCCUAUUUCAUUGUUAGAUUGUUCACUCAAAAAAAAACCUGGUAAAACAAAAAAAAAAUUGUUCACUCAAAAGGAUAAAAAUGAUAACCAAUGUAUUGAAUGGCGUUUUAAAUGGUAAAUUGACGACGGAAGUAAUUCUCAAGUGGCUGACGACUGAUAAACCAUACGACAUUGUUCUCCCGGAUUUGGAGCAAACAGAGUCUUCGAGAGCCGAAUUUGUACAGUUUUUCUUGAAUUACUUGAGAAAACAGUGCACAGGUGUCAUCCAAAAUGGUCCAUCAGAAGGAGAAGCCUCCCUUACCCCUAAAAAAGUCGUCUCCGAAAAAAUCUCUGAUACCAGUACACCAGUAUCGUCGAGUCUACCUGAUCAAUUGAACCUGACUUGUCACACGAGCACUCCAUUGAAGAACCCUGGACAUAAUUCCCCUUGUUACCUAAAUUUGACAAGCAGCAGUUUCAAUCAAUCCUCAACCUCUUCAAGGCUCGAAAGCAGCCCUAUUAACACUUCAAUGGAAUCUGAAAUUUUAAAUUCCUCUGUAGCAUCAAGCUUACUAAUUCCAGACUCUCCUAUAUAUGAUGGACCAAUUCGAAGACCUAAAACCCCCGCAAAAAAAUCCUAUAUGGAGGAAGAUUUUCCUGCGCUCGGACAAACCCAUAGAAGGAUCAGUAAAUGUAAUGUAAACAGUUCGUCAAAUGUAUAUAAUUCUUUGAAAUUUGAGCAGAAUUACACCAGACAAAGAAAGAACUCAACGCAACUAGGGGAUUUUCUAGUGACAUCCAAGAAAUCAUCCCGAAGAAAUAAUUCUACCACUCAAGCAGAGAAGAGUAUAGAUGAUGUAGGAGUAAAUAUUGAGAAAGAUCUGAGUAAUCAAAAGAAGACCGGUAAUGGUUCCAAAAGAAGGAUAAAACCAACGAAGUUAGAAGUUUCUGGGGGAGAAGGAACCGUUCAGAGUCAACUUUUUGGGGUUAUUUCACGUCCCGAGACGAAGAAUCCUCAAUUUUUGGAGGCUCAAACUACAGACCAAUCUGAGGACAUCAGGAAUUUUGAGUCGGAAAGAGCACUACUGAAAUUGGAAAGAGAAAGAAAAUCAACGUAUCAUUGUACGACUGAACUUUCGAAAUGGCAGGUGCACAAAGCCACGAAAUCAACGGAAGUCAGCACGUGCGCUUCUGUCGUUACUCCUAGAUUAUCUCUCGUUGAUAAUAUGGCCGUCCUGGAUAAAUUGGCUGAUCUUUAUGGGAAUUUGAUCAGGCGAAAUUUGGUCCCCAAUGUGAUGGCGGAACUUUAUUUUAUUAUGACUUUGAUUAUUUCUCAGUCGAAGGGAACUGAGCAUAUAUCCUUGAAUGUCCUGGGAGGAACUGCCGGGUGUAAAAGUGUUGAUGAAGGCGAUAUAGAGGUAGAGUUCAUAGAACGGGAGAAAACAUAUUUAAGUACACCCCAUAAUUGUGUUUAUUUUGCUACGAAUAUUUUAAUUCACCAAAAGGAUUUAUUGGUUGUAUUGGAUCGAACGACCAUCAAAUUACUAUAUGAGAAUCAUCAUAUUGAAACAUUCAAACCUGAACUGCGGCAUUACUUGGUAGAGUUGUACGACAAGAAGGUGCUGGAGUCCAACGAAUUUAAAGAGACUGAUAUAAGGACAUUCGGUACGAAUGUUUGCUUCCAAGUGGAUACAGACAAUCGCGAAAAUUUCCCUUCAACCAUCGCUUUCUCAAAGUUUCGAAAGCAGCGCGACCUGUUUUACCAGUCUUUAAAAAUCUGGGAGGACGGUCAUCAAGCUUCUAAUUGGUGCUUUUCCUCAGCUUUAACCCGCAAGAUAAACUCGUUGAUCUCUCUCCACGACGAGACCGUCAACUACUACCAUCUGGCCCGACUCUUUAAGUCUCAACUCCUUACUUCAUGCCUUCAACAUCCUUCGGAGGAUUCAUUCGAUGACCAAACUCUUCCAAUGCUAAAAUCUUGGAAAUCAGCAAACUUGGAGAAAUUCAAACAACUUCAGGGACGUCUCGUUACUCCUCUGUCUUCAGAUGGUAUAGUUCCCCGCCCUUCUUUCCCAGGUGUUCAAGAAUUUUACCGAGAUUUUCUCCUCACAUCUGCGAAUACAAAAUUCAAUUCAAUUCUGGAAAAUUGUUUCAUCCAGGAAAUAACAGAUUUAAACUCCACCGCCUUCAGCCUCAGUGAUAUGAAAGCAAGAGAAACCAAUCUAGUUGAGAGCAUGAAACAGAAAUAUUUCAUCUGCAUCUGUAGUCUUCAACUCUUAUCGAAAUUUUUAGGAUUCCUCGUUUCAAUUCCAUUUAAAUCUGAAGCUGCCACGUUAAUUGAACGGAACAUUCAGAUUUCUUUAAGGAGCCACUUCAACCCGUCCUUAAAUCUUCAAAAAACGCUGCUCAAUGCAUUAGUUCAUAAGAAAUUAACGUUGACAAUCCCCUGGAUGGUGGAAUAUUUGGCCGUUAUGGACCCAGUGGCAUUUAGACUUCCUUAUUACAUAAAAGUCUGCCAAGUUCUUUACUAUAUUUACAGGAAUUCGGAAGUGCUGACAAGUCCAAAAGGUUCACUGUUAAUUACUUUCAUCCUGGGACGGCUUUUUGAACUUCCAAAUUUUCCCAAAGAUCUGUACUUCACUUGUCAGUCUACUUUUAAUGAUCAAAGAAUUAGAGAUGAAAUAUCUUCACAUUUGAAUCAAUUCGAAUGGUUUGAAGACUCUCUUUCACCUGCCAGCCUUAAGAAAACAGAUGUUCUGCUCGAUGAAUUGGAGUUGAUUGAUGACAGAAUAAUCAUUACGUGCUGUUCUUUCUUAAAAGAAUUCAAGAUACUGUUAAUUUCAGAGACUGGUAACUUUGGUAAUAUCAACCGUCAUAUAACUCCAGUGUCCACUCAAUUAUCUCAACCAUCAACUGAACCUAAAGUUAAGGCAUUGCAACUUCAACAAGAAGAUGCUUUCUUCCAUGGUCAACCAGAUUCAGUGAAGAAGACUGUUGACUUUGUCGCUGAAAGGAUUGCCUCCAAUGCCGUUAAGCAUAUCUGCAGGGAAUUAAUUCCAUCGAUAAAGCGGAAACACUUUACUGUAUUAAGAAAAGCAGCAGUGGAAACGAUGAAGAGCACACCCGACUUUAACAAUCGUAAAGAAAAGCAGUUCCAUCACAAGUUCCUAAACUCGGAAAAUUCUCCUAAUUUAGUUGCAUUGAUCAUCAGAGACUUACGAGAUUAUGGAAAUGAGUCGAUUCCUAGGAUCUGCCAGACGAAAUGCACAAAGGCCCUGUUUUCAUUGUUGUCAGAAGACACUCACACAGCUGUCAUGAAAAUGUGUGUCAAAAUUUGCAUGAGGCUAUCGAUAGAAAAGAUCAAUCAGUGGUUAAAUUUUUAUAUUGGGGACGCAGUAAAUUUCAAGCAGACUCAUUCCGAAUAUUUAGUAUUUAAGCCAAAACAAGAAGCGAAGGAAGCGAACAUUUAUAUUCACGAUUCAUCAACACUCAGCCCCACUCAAAUAAUUGAUUUAAUAAGAGAUUCUAUGUGGGAAUUGAUGGAAAAAAAUGGUAAGUGGUCAGUACUGACUGAAGAGAAUGUGUUAAAAAUUUUAAAGCGAUUGAAAAAGGCUUUGUAUGGACGAAAAGACUUUCAGACGUUUGUUGAAAAAACAAUAUAUGUACUGAGUAUUGAUUAUGCCAUUCAUUUGAUUGUGUAUAAUCAGUAUCUGUUUACUAAUACAGUCCUUGAGGAAUUUUUCGAUUUGUGGAAAAAUUACGAGGUUGAAGAUGGAAGCAAUAAACUAUUUGAAGGGAUUAUGAGUUGUAGGAAUAUCCAGUGGCUACGGUAUACUUGUGAUUCAAAUUGUUGGAAGAAAUUCGGGAAUCUAAUUGACAGACUAUUGAGAGGAAAACUUUUGGAAAUUGGCAAUUUCAGUGAUCAGUGUGUGGCUAUUUUUAGAAGAGAUUUGCCGGAGGACGUAACGAAAUUCUUGCCUGGCUGUAUGAAUGAGGCAAUUAAGGGAUUCAAUGCAAAUGAUGAAGAGACAGAACGGAUCAAAAUGAUGAUGAGAUGGAUUUCUGCAGCUUGCAGCGAACUGGAUGAAAGUGAAAAUGAGAAUGAAGAUUAUGGGAGUGAGGCUCAGCAGUUUAGAUUCGAAAAUUUAACACUUUAGUAUCUAAAUACCAGGAAUCUAGCUUCUAAAUGAAAAAAGGAGUAGGCAAAUUUAUCUUGAGGAUUAAGACGCAGCUGUAUAAUUGGGCUACAGGAGGAAAAUACCACAAAUAUAUUUUUUUCUAAGAAUUCUGAAACCUGGACAUCAAUUUCUAAAAAAUAUGGCCAUAUUAGUGUAACUACUCAAAAAGCGAUAAAAUUAGGAGCCUCAAACUAUCGUUGGAGCUCGGUUAUAGUUAUCUCCAAUUGAUUGUAUUGGCGGUUGCGGAGUCUAAUUCGAUUGUAAUCAAGGGUUAACGUAUAUUAUUUGUUUGGGGUAUCCUUGAGGUGUAAAGAUCAUCAGCUAACUUUCAAUAUAGCACUGUUGCCGACCAAGUACCAGUUUGUUGUUUGUAAAAGUGGAAAAAUAAAUAAUAAAGACAGGAUAAGAACACAGGAUGAUAACCGA